AGUCGGCCUGCCCUGUCUGCCUCGGAGCCUGCUGGGAGUAGGGGGGGAGAAACCGUCGAGGGAGACCGAGCUAAGGGGGGGAAGUGUGAGUGGGUCCCAAACUGGAAACCACUACCUUAUUUAAAAAAAAAAAAAAAAAAGCACACGCAAAGCCCUACUCUAACGACUUUAACGCGUCCCGGUCAUAUUAUUUGGCACUACUUUCCAGUUCGGACGGAGCCGCGGAGCCCCAGAAACUUGCGUGAUUGUUUUUUUUUUCUUCUUCUGUGGUGGCGGUUGUGCUGUUGCGCCGACUGCUCAGUUAGUUGAGAGGAGUCAUUGGUUGGAGCUGGAUUGCGCAUUGGCCCUGCUUUAUAUCCACCACUGCUCCAGAGGAAGAGGAACAAUGAAGGACUAAAACCCCCUCGCUCCGUGCCGAGCUAGUGUUAAAGUUAAACCCGUGCUAAGUGUUAUUCCGUGUCGCCCUCUUUCGUCUUCUUCUCUCUUUCCAUUUUUUUUCUCGUCCGGUUUGGGAUGCGACGGCUGCUCUAGGAACCCGCUUGUUGACAAACAGUUUUUGCGAGAAGUUUUCAACAAGCCUAAAGCACAAGCAGUGGGAAAAUGUCCACGCCGAGGUUCAAAAAGGAUAAAGAGAUUAUCGCGGAGUAUGAGAGUCAAGUAAAAGAGAUCCGGGCUCAGUUGGUAGAGCAGCAGAAAUGUCUGGACCAGCAGACGGAGAUGAGGGUCCAGCUGCUGCAGGACCUCCAGGAUUUCUUCAGAAAAAAGGCAGAGAUUGAGAUGGAAUAUUCCAGAAACCUGGAGAAACUGGCUGAACGCUUCAUGGCAAAGACUCGCAGCACCAAGGAUCAUCAACAGUACAAGAAAGACCAAAACCUGCUGUCUCCAGUCAACUGUUGGUACUUACUGCUGAACCAGGUGAGGAGGGAGAGUAAAGACCAUGCUACACUGAGCGACAUCUACCUCAACAACGUCAUCAUGAGGUUCAUGCAGAUCAGUGAGGACUCCACAAGGCUACUGAAGAAGAGCAAGGAAAUAGCCUUUCAGCUCCAGGAAGACUUAAUGAAGGUCCUUAACGAGCUCUACACAGUUAUGAAGACCUAUCACAUGUACCACUCAGAAAGCAUCAGUGCCGAGAGCAAGCUGAAGGAGGCUGAAAAGCAGGAGGAGAAGCAGAUUGGCAGGGGAGAUCCUGUCUUCAGCAUCCGAAUGGAGGACAAAUACCAGAGGCGCAGCUCGGUGAAAAAAAUAGAGAAGAUGAAAGAGAAGCGUCAAGCAAAGUACUCUGAGAAUAAGCUGAAGUCAAUCAAAGCGCGGAACGAGUACCUACUGACACUGGAAGCAACAAACUCCUCCGUUUUCAAAUACUACAUCCACGACUUGUCAGACUUAAUUGAUUGCUGUGAUUUGGGGUACCAUGCCAGUCUGAAUCGAGCUUUGAGGACCUACCUGUCCGCUGAAUACAACCUCGAGACAUCGCGACACGAAGGACUAGAUAUAAUUGAAAAUGCUGUGGACAGUCUGGACCCCAGAAGUGACCGACAGAGGUUCAUGGAGAUGUACCCUACAGCCUUCUGCCCACCCACAAAAUUUGAGUUCCAGCCCCACAUGGGAGAUGAGGUGUGUCAGAUCUCAGUCCAGCCACCAGUUAAUGGAGAACUCAUACUGAGGUUCCAGCAACUGCAGUCUCGACUAGCUACUCUGAAGAUCGAGAACGAAGAGAUCAAAAAGACAUCAGAGGCCACCUUGACCACCAUCCAGGACAUGGUGACCAUUGAGGACUACGACGUGUCUGAGUGUUUCCACCACAGCAGGUCAACUGAGUCUGUAAAGUCCACUGUGUCGGAGACGUACCUCAGCAAACCCAGUAUUGCAAAGCGGAGAGCCAACCAGCAGGAGACUGAGCAGUUCUACUUCAUGAAAUUCCGGGAGUUUCUGGAGGGCAGUAAUCUCAUCUCCAAACUGCAGGCCAAACAUGACUUGCUGAAGAGGACACUUGGUGAAGGCCACAGAGCUGACUACAUGACCACAAGCCGCGGACGACGGAACUCACAUGCUCGACAUCAGGACUCCGGGCAAGCUAUCCCCCGUGUGGUUGAAAGUUGCAUUCGCUACAUAAACUUAUACGGCCUCCAACAUCAAGGCAUAUUCCGUGUAUCUGGGUCCCAACUGGAAGUCAACGACAUCAAGAACUCUUUUGAGAGAGGAAAUGAUCCUUUGACAGAUGAAGAGAACAACCAUGACAUCAAUUCGGUGGCUGGCGUUCUCAAGCUUUACUUCCGGGGUCUGGAGAACCCUCUCUUCCCCAAAGAGAGAUUCAACGAUCUGCUGUCCUGCAUCAGAAUAGAAAACCUUUAUGAGAGAGCGCUGUACAUCCGCAAGAUCCUCCUAACAAUUCCCAGAUCAGUCCUCAUUGUCAUGCGCUACCUCUUUGCCUUCCUCAACCACCUGUCCCAGUACAGCGAUGAGAACAUGAUGGACCCAUACAACCUGGCCAUAUGCUUCGGACCGACGCUCAUGCCCACACCAGACAGCCAGGACCAGGUCUCCUGCCAGGCGCACGUCAAUGAGAUUAUCAAGACUAUCAUCAUCCACCAUGAAACCAUCUUCCCUGAUGCCAAAGAAUUAGAUGGGCCCAUUUAUGAGAAAUGCAUGGCUGGAGGAGACUAUUGCGAGAGCCCUUACAGUGAGCAUGGAGCUUUAGAGGAAGUAGACAACGAGGGAGGGACAGAGACGCACACCAGCGAGGAUGAGGGCGAACCCAUUGAAGCAAUUGCCAAGUUCGACUACGUUGGGCGCUCUUCCCGGGAGUUGUCCUUUAAGAAGGGCGCCUCCCUGCUGCUGUAUCAGCGAGCAUCUGAGGACUGGUGGGAGGGACGUCACAAUGGCAUCGACGGCCUGGUGCCACAUCAGUAUAUCGUCGUUCAGGACAUAGAUGACAACUUCUCAGACACUCUGAGUCAGAAGGCUGACAGCGAGGCCAGCAGCGGCCAUGCAGGAGAGGAUAAAUGCUCAGGGAAAGACAUGAGCUCGCCUAAUGACACCCGCAUUUCUGAGGCCUACAUCACCAGCAGGCACAGAAAAAGAUCAGACCCUCCAUCUCGGCGGCCGCCUGCCCGGCCUAGUGAAGUCCACUGCAUGGUUCAUCCAUCUCAACAGGGACAUGGAGGACAUGGGGGACAUGGAGGCACCCCGGAAAUGGGCUCCCCAGUUCUGGGCCAUUUCAGCCCUCGGGACAUGCUACGGAGUCGAAACCACAUGCCCAUGGACAGCCCUGAACGCCGCCGUCGCACCGGCCACGGUAGUCUGACUAACAUCAGCCGCCAUGAGUCUCUGAAGAAGAUGGAGAGCCCUCCGAUCCGCCGCUCCACCUCCUCUGGCCAGUACACGGGCUUUUCUGACACCCACCAUCACGGCGGCAAGUCCCUGGAUCCGGAGACCAUCGCACAGGAUAUAGAAGAAACCAUGAACACUGCACUGAAUGAGCUGCGUGAGCUGGAGAGGCAGAGCUCAGCGAAGCACGCCCCCGAUGUGGUGUUGGACACCCUGGAACAGCGCCAGACCUCUGGCAGCAGCGGCGGUGGUCCUACGCCGGCCAGCUCCAGCGAGUCCCUCAGCCCCAUCCAUGGCGUUAUGUUGAGGUCCACUGCCAACACUGAGCCUCCCAUCCGCCGCAGCACCAGCUCAUCCAGCGAUACUAUGAGCACCUUCAAGCCUGUGGUAGCACCUCGCAUGGGGGUGCAACUAAAACCCCCGGCCUUGAGGCCCAAGCCCAUGGUCCUGCCAAAGUCUGGCCAGGUACCACAGCCUCCAGCUACAUCUCCUCAGGACCCUCUGGACAAGUCCUGCACCAUGUAACCUCUGGGAAUGACACCACAGAUGUAAAACAACUCUAUACUUUUUAGACAUACUAUAAAUAAUAUCUAAGAACAUGUAAAAUAUGGACCUGAACAGGAAAGGACUAUUUGCAUAUUGAGAUGCCGGUUUUCCUUUGGUGUUCUGAACAUUAACAUGAGAUGAUAAAGGGGACUGGGUCGAAGGCUGGUGUUGGAGAACAGACAGAUUUGUCAGAUGGACAAAUCAUGGCUGAAUAACGUGCACAGUUAGGUGUUGAUAUAUUUAGGUUAAUAUUAUCUAAUAUGUCUCUUUUUUGUAUUCAAUUCAAACAACAAAUCACAAAGGCUUCCUUCAGAGUUUUAGAAGAUGUACAUUAGUUUAGAUUACAGACAUUCAUGAACUGUGUAUCUUUGAACAAAACACGGUGCAUGUAGCUCCUCUGUUUACCACUGAACCUGAAACAGAGCCUCAUAACAACUGUAGUAAUCACACAGGCAUUCUCACACAUACAACUAGAAUAGUUCUACUCAAAAAGGCCGUUGAAGGUGUUAUGAAAAGGCCUUACGAAACUGAUUUCACAUAUUAAAUAUUACUAUUACAAAGGUGCUGUGACUACCUGGACAGAAACCAUGACAAUGUUGGACUCAUAAUGGGCCUGUGGAGCCCUUCAUGGUACUCUGUUAAUAAACUCAUGGUACUGAUACCAAAAUGCUUUUUUUUUUUUUUUUUUUUUUUUUUUUUUCCAGUAGCGUGUAAACAUAGCAGCUUUAUCUGGCAGGACAUGACAUCUGUUGUGUCUCAGAAAUGUACAAAGAUCACCUCUGUGCUACAUUCACUCACAUUGUAACAUGUUAACUAUUAUUGCCUGAAAUGAGAUAUGACUAUUGGAUAAAACCACUACUGCAUUAUAAAUGUUCUUUGAUGCAUUUUUAAAUUCUGUCAGCAAUUAUUUAAAACUGUAUAACCAAUGGGGGCAGUGUGAGAGUAAACAUUCUCCAUUGUACAAUAUAUACAACACAUACUCUAUUACAUAGUGUGGAAGAAAAAAAAAACACCAUUGCUUCUUUUUUUUUGCCUUGCUUAGCUUUUCCUAUCCAAAGAAGUGACUGUACUAGAUGAAGCAUUCUUCUUAUAGUCUGAUGUGUAUAGACUCAUGGCAGCACCCUGUGGGAGCUCUGCCGGUAGCCAUGGACCCUAACGACUGUUAGUGUAAAAGCCCGCUAAUAUGCUCACCCUGCUUCCUACGCUUGUGUUCGUUCAACUUCUGAAAACAGCAGCUUGCUUUUAAUAUCUGUAAUCUGUGUUUAGUUCAGGUAAAAAUGUCCAUAACCUGCCCCUGCAUUGCUCUCCAUGGUAACCUUGAAGCUUUCUCCCGGCAUUUACGGAUGAAGACGGCUCUGAUAUACUGUGGAGUGGCGUAUGUGGAAAUGGGGGACGAUUUACAGCCCGUGUCAGUCAGUUCAUAUGUGUCCAGGGUCAAGUAAUAAUUUCCCAUGCAAUACCCCCCUUAAAGCUGUAUGUGCCAGAGUUCCAGCUGUGUGACUGCACCCCUCUGUGUGUCUUUUUAAGUAAUCUCUGUACUGUAGUAAAAGCAGAACUGGGUGCAUGUCCUGGGAAUGUUUGAUGAGCAUAUAAUAACACUUUGGAAAAGACUUGGUAUGAGUUUGCAACAAGUAAACAAUGCUCUCUAACAGAAGGUUUACACUAUCUUUGACUUGACAGGUAAUGUGUGUAUAAUAAUCAAAAGUUAAAAAGAUUUUCUGAUUACUAACUUUCAUUAUUUUUAUAAUCCUUUUUGUUACAUUUGUUUUGUUUCUUGAGUAGAAAUGAAUUUAAUUUAGAACAAAUGAUGUAGAAUAAAUAUCCACCUAUGAAGCCAGUUGUAAAGAGAAAAAAAAAAAAGUGUGCUAUUGUCACCAUGUAACAUCAUCAACAGUAGGACUCAGUUAUGCCGUCUGUAGGCGUUAAGCUACUCUGUGGUGUUAUGUAUGUACAUCUGUAGUAUGUACUUGUGAAAGUGCCUUUGAAAAUGUUUUAGAGGAACUUCAGACAUUCUGUACUGUUGCAUUUUCAUGUCCAAUACUGUGUUUUCAGAAAAUGCAACGCAGGAAAAAGACACAUGAAUAAGUAAUGAUGCCAUUUUACAAACCGUUAUAUUACAGAAGAAUAAAUAAACAGCUUAACUCAUUUGUGACAUUGCACUUUUAUGUAUAUAACUGUAUAUAUGGCAUGUAACAUCAUAACAUUUAGGAUUCUUUGCGGACUUAUACCUCAAAGGAUUUCUUUCUAAUAAAGGAAAUAGUUUGUUGAGUC